UUCGCGUCUCAGCUCUGCAGGAAGAGAGAGCACCAUUACGGAAGUAAGCCACUGCGGAAACAAUCUCCUUGGUCACCCGCAUUUCCUUAGCGGAAGUGACGAGCUUGUGUAACGCUGUCACAGUUCCGUCCUGCUACAGCAGUGUCGCGUUGUAGGGUCCGGCGAAAAUGGAGCCGAUCAGGAACCUGGCGGAGAAUCUGAGAGCGGUGCUGGGGAGGCUUCGAGAUGGAGAGCCCAGAAAGGGAGACAUGUUCAAUGGGCAGCAUUUUUGGGAAACACUGGGACAUUCCAUUAAAGCAACAUCUCAGGAAGCUACAAAGCUGAGUUUGGCUUUCACUAAACCACCUCUGCCUUCAGAAGAGGGCAGCCAGAAGCUAUGUGAUGGACUUCUCAAUGCUAUCUUAGCAGCGGCCACUGUGUACUAUUCUCUGCCAAAGGAACAAGGUAUCACGUUGCGUAAAACCGUGCGUGAGGCCAUUGCAGAUGUUAUAGAGGGUACCAUCCAGCUAGUAGAAGUGAUCCUAAGCUCCCGUAUUCAGAGUCUGUCACAGGCACAACUGGUAUCCACAGGCAGUGUGUGGGAGGCAUGUGACCAGUGGGAAAAACUUCCUAAAGAUAACCUUGCUGCAGUGCAGGUGAUAGUAUCAGGAUAUCUAGAUGUUGUGAAGGAUGCCAUAGAGGAAGUGGAACAGGCUCAAACAGAUGGAGAAGAUCCAUUCAGCGAUAUCCCAGAGGAUGAUGAGAUUGGUGCACGUGGAAAUCAAGAUACGUACUGGUCAGAGGCAGAUCGCAGGCUUAUGGCACCCUGCCUGGGCCUAAUGAAAGCAUCCAAAGCCUGCCUGAAAAAAGUUAUUGGGGCUAUAAAGGCUCAUGGGAAAGCAGACACAGCAGAGCAUGUAGCUCAGCUAGAUGACCUGGUGGAUGUAACUCAGGAGGUUAGCCCUAGUGUUGAUGAGCUGGCACUGAGCAUGUACCCUCCAAUGAACCAUGCAACUGUGCGCCUUAAUGCUGCAAAGUUAUCUUCUGUACUGAAAAAAGUUCUCGCCAUCACAAGGUCCAGUCAUGUUUGUCCUGAAGCAGAGUCGACCUGGAUUCAGUUCCUUGACAGCGCUGUUGACCACAAUAUGCAGAAGACAAAGAACUUGACACAGGGAGCCCUCUAAACUGUUCUAUAUUUUCCUUAUGAUAAACCAGUCCUGCCAUCUGGAUUUAUUGCUUUGUGGUCCUGAUGUAAACCUGAAAAUUACAGCACGAAAAGGACAUCUGUAAACAGGUCCUGCUUAUUUCCCAUUAGGGUGCAAGGACUACUGGCAGGAAUGACUUUACAAUUUAAUGAUGGAUCAGCUAAACCUAUCAAGUCACCCGAUUUGAAUAUUAUUUAUGAUACCCAAUGGAAUGGGCACUGGCUUUCUAGUUCCAUUAUAUGCAAUCUAGUUUGUUGGCCUUAUGUGUAAAGGCAUGACAAGAAGAGUAAUAUUUUAUGUUGGUGUUUGAGGAAAUCCGCUAUCUCAUGUGCACCCCAGAGAAACAGAACAUUAUGUAUUUGCUAAAGAACCUGCUUGGAGGGUUUAGGUUGAGGUGACUUGGGCUUUAUCAUAUAUAACUCAGAAUUAUAGCUUUAUAUUUCUUCAGCUUUUACUGUGUCUAGAAAUUCUUCUUUUCUUUAUGAGGGCCAGGUAGAUAUUACAUUUUAAUUGGCUUUGUACGUGUAAGCCAAGUCUAUCCGCUAAACAGUUUCUUUCCUCUUAAUUCCAGGCAACUUAAAGGGUUGGGUUACUUCCAGGUUAACUUUUAGUAUGUUAUAGUGUAGCCUAUUCUUAGCAGCUUUUCAGUAGGUCUUGAUUUAUUAUUUUAUAUAGUUAACUUCCUUUUACACCACUUUCCAGCUGUUCAAAUGUCGGAGUUACUGACCCAGCAUCUGAAAAUAUCUGUGGAGCUACAAUUUUAUUUUUUAUUUAUUUAUUACUUAUUUUUUCUAUAGAAGCCCCUCCUAUUCAUCUUCCGGUCUUCCAUUUACAACACAGCCUGGCUGCUAGAACUCUAGUACCCAGAUAGCUGCUGAAAUUCUAAAGUGGAGAGCUGCUGAAAAAAAUCGCUUAAUAAUUCACAAAUCACAUCAACUGCCAAUUGGCUCAGAAUAUCACUGUCCAAAUCAUACUAAAGGUUAAUCUAAAGUGAAGUACCCUUUUAAAUGUGUAUUUACGGAAUACAUGAUAUUGAAAUUCACGCAAAUACUGAAUCCACUAUAAACGGCUUGGAUUGGAUUUGGCUGAAUUAGGGAUUCGGUGCUCCCUAGUUUAUUUCCCACAGUAACAGUUCACCUUAAAAUUCACAGAAAAUGUUCCUUACAGGUUAAUUUGAUGUAUAAAAAACACUUGAAAAAUUUAAUCAAAGGGAUUAAAAUUGUCAGCUGUUCGGACAAGCCAUAAAUGUUAUUCAUUCAUAGUAAGUUAGGUUCAAAAAAGACACACGUCCAUAAAGUUCAACAUUUUAGCUUUAUUUUAACCUGCCUAACUGCCAGUUGAGCCAGAGGAAGGCAAAAAAAACCCCAUUUAAAACCUCUCCAGUUUGCCUCGGGGGGAAAAAAAUCCUUUCUGACUCCAAAAUAGCCAUUGGACUAGUCCCUGGAUCAACUAAUCAAUCAAGAUGUUAUAUUAUGCAUAAGGAGAGAGUUUGUGUAUACAUCACAUCAGAUUCCUGCAUGUAGAAAACAUAUGUGCAAAUACACUGAAAUAAAACAGAAAACUGCAAAAAUCA